AUGGAGACAAUACGAGCUCAUCAUGGCAAAACCCUGGGGGUGGAGGGAUGCAGCUUUGAGGUGCUACGCAAAACGGAUUAUCUUCAUGCCGCUAUCACAGAGACUAUGAGAUUAUACCCGCCAAUGCCACCCGAUAGGAAGGAAGCCCUAAUGGAUGAUGCACUACCCCUGAUGGGACAUUUCUUAUGCAGUACCCCUGAUGAGGAAGAGCUGGCGUGUCAUAUACAGUUCUUAUGCAAUGGGAAGGAUGGAAAGCAUGUGGGGAGAAGAACUGUCUUGAGUAUUUGCCGGAGAGGUGGCUCGACGAGAAUGGGGUGUUCAAGCCAGAGAGCCCUUGCCGGUUCCCGGUGUUUCACGCGGGGCCAAGGAUUUGUACUCGGGAAAGAUCUGGCCUAUAUUCUGAUGAAAUCAGUCCUCGCAACUGUGCUUGAGAGGUUUGAGAUAGAAGUGCAGAACGAGGGGAAGUGCCCCGGGAGAAUUCUGUCCAUGACUCGUCAUGCAAGGGCGAUUACCAGUCAAAGCGAAAGAAAGAUGUCAGCAUUUGAAGCACUAGUUAUGAUUAUUCAGUUAAAAGAUCCAAAGAAACUAAGAUUCUUGAGCACUAAUCGGAUAUAUGCUUUAGCAGCAGGUUCGGCAGAAAACACUCCAGGAAUUGGGGAAGGGACAGCGGGGUAG